GCAGGAUUAUAGAGGGGUUCUUAGACAAAUCUUAACUCUAUUGUUGAAUUAAAAUAAAUGAGAAAGCUUGUUUUAAUCUAACAAACGUUCCUUAGCUAAGGAACAAAAACAACAGUUAAGAGCUGGACACGUGUCAGCGUAUCAGCGAUCGAAGCGUAAAAUAUAUAAACCCAAAAAAAACGAAACCGUGUUUUCUUCUUUUUUUCGCCGUCUCUCUCUUCUUUCUCUCUCUCUCUCUCGCGAUUUCAACGAUGAAAUUGAAACGAAGGAGAUUUCGUUAAAUCAACCCAAAAUCGGAGAAAUCUGGUCUGUUUUUACCUCUGGCCGUCGUUGCCGCGUGACCUCAUCAUUCCCAGCGAUGGUGGUUGUCGAGGGCUCUCUCUUUUCACAAAAUCGGCGAAUCGGAGGUGACGAAAUCGGGCCUAAAUUCAGGCGACUGUCGAGUUUCGAUUCGAAACCGAUGAGAAUCUGUUUGUCAAGGUAGGAAUCUCUCUUUGUUUGUGUUAAUUUAUGUGAUUUUAGGUUUUAAAAAUUAGGGCUCGUCGGAUUUGGGAAAUUAGGGUUUGACGAAUUGGGGAAAAAUUAUUUUUCGUUUUCUUUGUAUAAUCUGGGUAAUUUAAACGAUAACUGAGUGUAUGUUUGUUUGAAUUGAUGUGAUUUUAGGUUUUCAAAAUUAGGGUUUGUCGGAUUUGGGAUUUUAGGGUUUGUCCAAUUGGGGUUUAGGGUUAUUCGUUUCUUUGUAUAAUCUGGGUAAUUUGAAUCAUAAUUGAGUGUCUGUUUGUAUUGAGAGGCUUGAUUGAUCACGAAAUAGGCAUGAUUAAACCCGACUGUUGGUAGAGAUUAUUUUGUUCAUCAGUUAUACAUUAUUGUUUCGAGUAAUUCUCUGUUAGAUCUUAGUUUUGCUCAUGAGUUUGAUUAGUUUUUGUUGCUAUACGCAUGAUUGUUUGGUUUCUUAGAGAUCUUUAAUGUGUGAUUAGUUUAGGCAUGAUUAAACCCAAAUGUUCUAUGUUUUCCUCUUGAUUUUGAUUAGUUUAUCUAUGUAAUUUCAUAAAACGUUCUCUGCUUUACUGCUAGGAGUAUAUGGACAUGCUUGGAGAGUUGGAAUCUGCUAGAGGAUGCUUGUAGAGGGACAUCUUAGCUUCUGAUCUCACUCUUCUCAAGGUUCACGUGAAAGGAGAAGAAGAGGACAAGUCUGAAUCUGUACUUGGACACCACAAGACUUCUUUGUAACCACAAGUUUCCAGCAAGCUUUUGGACCACUUGAUACUCUCUCUUUGGUCACGGACCAAGCGUAUUUGUUCACUUCUUUGUAACCACAAGUAAUAAAUUGAUUUGUACCACAAGUCACAAAUGCUUUGUAACCAUGUAUUAUUUGAGAACAUUGCCUAUAAAUAUCACAAGUUUCAUGUUACUAUGAAUUAUCUCUUCUCCUCAGUCUACUUUUUCUUACAAACUCACAACAAAAGAAAUCCAAAUCGUUGAACCACAACCAAUUACUUAUCUAAAACCAAUUCUAAACCAUAAUUUAUUCCAUAAGCAAAUACCAUCUUCUAUUUCUUUUCACUUCAAUAUCUUGUUCUAAACCCAAAUCUUUUUCUUCCUAAAAAUUAUACAUACAAAAUGGCUUCAUCUUCCAAUUACAAUUUCGAAGAAGCGUUGGACGAAGAAUUAUCUAAUGCUUUAUCCAAUGCUUUCCAGCAAGCGUUGGAUAAUUCUUUGGAUUCUUACGGUGAUCGUCAGCAAGCCGCAAAACCGAGGAAAAAACGAGUCCAUAUUGAAAGAAAUCGAGAAGAAGGACACAUCCAGUUAUGGAACGAUUAUUUCGCAGAAAAUCCAACUUUCCCUCCUAAUCUAUUCAGACGCCGUUUUAGAAUGAAUAAGCCAUUAUUCAUGCGUGUUGUUGAUCGCCUCUCCACAAUUCCAUUCUUUCAACAAAAAAGAGAUGCUACAGGAAGAAACGGUUUAUCUACACUACAGAAGUGUACAGCAGCAAUUCGUAUGCUUGCAUAUGGUUUAGCGGCUGAUGCGGUUGACGAAUACCUGCGGAUUGGUGCAACCACUUCGAUGAAGUGUAUGGAACAUUUUGUUGACGGAAUUAUUUAUUGCUUUGGAGAUGAAUACUUACGACAACCCACUGCAGAAGAUCUUCAACGGCUACUCGUUAUUGGAGAGAUUCAAGGAUUUCCCGGGAUGAUGGGAAGCAUUGAUUGUAUGCAUUGGGAGUGGAAGAAUUGCCCUACCUCUUGGAAAGGACAAUAUACACGUGCCUCUGGAAAACCAACGAUCGUUUUAGAGGCUGUAGCUUCCCAAGAUCUUUGGAUAUGGCAUGCGUUUUUUGGACCGCCAGGUACUUUAAACGAUAUCAAUAUUCUAGAUCGCUCUCCGGUUUUUGAUGACAUCUUAAAAGGGCGAGCACCAGCAGUGAAUUAUACAGUCAACGGGAACGAGUAUAAUUUGGGUUACUAUCUCACGGAUGGCAUUUAUCCUAAAUGGGCUACCUUUAUCCAAUCUAUUUCACUUCCACAAACUGAGAAAGCAUCUUUAUUUGCAACCCAUCAAGAAGCUUGCCGUAAAGAUGUCGAGCGUGCUUUUGGAGUUUUGCAAGCUCGAUUUGCCAUUGUCAAAAAUCCGGCUCUUCUUUGGGAUAAGGUAAAAAUAGGAAAUAUUAUGCGAGCAUGUAUAAUACUUCACAAUAUGAUAGUAGAAGACGAACGAGAUGGGUAUACUCUGUUUGAUACGACCGAAUUCGAACAAGCGGAAUCUGCAGGAAGUUCACGGGUGGAUUUCACAUAUUCUACAGAUAUGCCUUCAAAUUUCUUCGGAAUGAUGACCAAUAGAGCUCGAGUUCGUGAUCGAGGUAUGCAUCAACAAUUGAAGAAUGAUUUGGUCGAGCAUAUAUGGACAAAAUAUUCCAGAAAUUAAGUUUAAA